UCCCUAUUAACUGAUUUAAUUUCAGUUUCGCCAUUUGGGGAUCGAAAACCCUAAAGAAGAAGAAGAAGAAGAUCUCGCGGAGUAGGAACAUUCGAACUUUUGGGCUUCUGGUCUAUUCUCCGGUCAUCUCCGGCGUCAAUCCCCGAUAAGACUUGAAGAUGGCUGCUCCAAGAACAGGGGUGACAUCUAUGAAAGACUACUUGAAGAAGUAUGAGAGUAGUGAGGUUAUAGAACAGAAAAAGAAGAAGAAGAUGAAGAAGAAGAAGCCAUCCAAACCUGAACCCGCUGGUGUUUUAGUUGUCGAUGAAGAUCCUGUUUGGCAGAAGCAGAUUGAUCCCUUAGAGGAAGAUAAUGAAAAUGAUUCAGCUGAGGAAAGACCUGUGGUUGACGAGGAUAUUGAAGUUAAGAGAAUGAGGAGGUUGGAGGAAAUCAAGGCAAGGCGUGCUCAAAAUGCCAUUGCUGAGGAUGGGAGUGGCUGGGUGAGUUUAUCUUCAGACCGGGGCGGCCACAACGAAAGAUCUGAUGAUAUUUCUCCUCCAAGGAGACAGAGGACUCGCAACGACUCUCCAUCUCCUGAGCCUGGGCCUAGAGUUCCACUUCCUGAAACAGACAUGUCGCCACCACGUCGGAGAAAACGUCACUAUACACCUUCCCCUGAACCUAGCAGACAACAUGCCAAGCCUGUUAGUUUGGAUUCUGAUUUGACGCCACCUCGCAGAAGACGAGCCAGGAAUGAUUCACCUUCACCCGAACCUGAAGAUACAGCCCCCAAAAGUCUGGGUGAAGAUCUGUCUCCUCCUCGGAAGAGACGUGUCCAUCCUCCGUCGCCUGAAAGACGCAGAAAGCGUUCAGAUUCCGUUGAGUUGGACGGUGAUUUAUCUCCCCCUCGCAGGAAAAAGGAUUCACCUCUCUCAGAUGUUAACAAGACGAGCAAUGAUCUUUCUCCACCACGGAGAAGACGAUAUCAUUCUCCAUCACCCGAACCGGGUAGAAAGCCUUCAAGAUCUUUUGGCUCAAAUUCUGAUUUAUCUCCACCUCGCAGGAGUGUGAGUGUGAGUGUGAAGGGCUCCCGAGACUCAGAUCUUUCGCCUCAGAGAAAAACAGUGUCUAGGAGUUCCAAUUUUGAUAGCUCUCCCCCAAGGAGACCACGCAGAGAAUCACCACCUCCUCAAACAAGCAAGGAGCAACGGAAGACUGGGCUCAUUAGUGGCAAAGACAUUGGAAGUGAAUAUCGAAAGAAGAAGCAGGAUGAACAGUUGAGGUUUAAAAAUAUGGAUUCCGAGCUAACUGGUCAGAAUGCAGAAGCUGUCUUCCGUGAUAAGAUUACAGGAAAGCGUAUAUCGAAAGAAGAAUAUCUUCAAUCAAAGCAAAAGAAAGUGAUAGAGAAGCCAAAGGAGAUCAAAUUGGAAUGGGGACAAGGUUUAGCUCAGAAGCGGGAUGCUGAAGCUAGACUACAGGAACUUGAGCUUGAGAAGGAUAAGCCAUUUGCUCGGACCAGGGACGAUCCCGAGCUUGAUCUAAUGAUGAAAGAAAGAGUUAGAUGGGGAGAUCCAAUGGCUCAUUUGGUGAAGAAGAAGCAGCACGUGGCACCUCUUAUGGAUCUAGGGGACAACGAGGAGAUGCAAAAAUCUGGAUUUGUGAUACCACAAAGUAUCCCAAAGCACAGUUGGAUAACAAGAGGAUUAGAAGCUGCACCUAAUCGAUAUGGAAUCAAACCCGGUAGGCAUUGGGAUGGAGUUGACCGCAGUACUGGACAUGAGAAGGAUAUGUUCAAGAAGACGAGUGAGAAAAAAGCAACGGAAAGAGAAGCUUACCUUUGGUCUGUUUCUGAUAUGUGAUUCCCCAAAACUAAAUCAGAAUUUGUUGUUGGGCUAAAUGUGUGUUGGUUCAGGAUAUACCAUUUUAAACCGAGGAACUAUAGGUUUGUACUGGUUUUAUAGGUUAAGACAACGAGGAAUUCUGGUUAUUUUUAAAAUGCUAGAUAACGGUACACUA